CUUUCGUAAAUAAAUACAAAUCUCGAGCUUCCGAAUUUCACGAAGAAUCGGGAAAAUAGUCGAUUUCAGGACAUUCCAAGCAAUUUCUUACUAUACUGUAACGUAAAUUUAUUUAGAAUAUUCAUCGACGAUGGCAAAGCCAUGCCCAAUCCAGAAACAGAUCGAAACCUCCAACGAGACAAUCGCCAGUUUGCGCGAGCGGAUUAAACGCGUGGAACGACGCCUCAUCGAUGCGGGACCGGGCGAGGACGCGUACGACCGGCCCGAGGUGGAAGAGCUGGUCGCGAUCAAGAAACUGCUCGAGGACAACGAGCAAAAGCUGCACAAACUUCACAAGGAAAAUUCCAAGUCCUUCGCGAUCGCUGCCUGUUUGUUCUUCGUUUGCUUUCUAAUUUACGGCAUUUACGUGCUGCUUACCAAUGGUGCUUAGUGUUAAUUUAAGGGAAUUUUUCUUUACAAACAUUGAAACGAAUAAAGACAAUAUUUUGUGAUUUUUUUUACACUUA